GCAGGGAGGGGCAUUGUUGAAAAAGUCCCAAAAAAUCCCAAAAAAGACUCUCAUUAAGGGUCUUCUUCAUUUAGUCCCAAGAAGCAACUUUUAGUCCUCAGUAGUCCCUCCUGUUUGGUUAAAAAGUCUCUAAGAGGGGCUUUUUCUAGUCCCUACACCAAAAAGUCCCUGAAAACAAACACCACCUAAGUCCUCCCAAAAUCCUGCAACCCAAAGAAGGCAUAAAUAGGAUUAGGGGGUCUGGUGCAGUGGGCUAACAUCCAAUAGUGGUACUACCUUCAUUUUUAUAUACAUGGCCACUUUAUUUUUUAUGUGAAAUUUUAAUUUACAGUUUUGGUCAACAAACUCCCUUCGUCCGGAAAUAUUUGUCAUCAAAAUGAAACAAGGGGAUGUAUCUAGAUGUAUUUUAGUUUUAGAUACAUCUCUUUUUGUCCAUUUUGAUGACAAGUAUUUUUGAACGGAGGGAGUAUAAUCAAAAGGUUACUUAAUAUUUGCAUCCAAUGACAUACUUUUUAUGACAUAUGACUCACAUUUUGUUGGUAAUAAAAUUAGACAUAAAAAACAUGAAGUGGCCUUGUAUUAGUAUUCCCUCCGUCCGAAAAUACUUGUCAUCAAAAUAAAUAAAAGGGGAUAUAUGUAGAUGUAUUUCAGUUCUAGAUACACCCCUUUUUGUCCAUUUUAAUGACAAGUUUUUCCGGACGGAUACUCCCUCCGUUCCACUAUAUAGUGCGCAUUGUUUCAGGCACGUAUACCAAUCAGUGACCUGGCGCUGAGUUUUGGACGCUGUUACCCCCGCUUGUCUUGCCUCCAGCCCAUGUGCGUGUGGGUCUACUUUGUGGUCAGUGGAAAGCCAAACCAGCACGCCACCGCGGGGGAUAGCAAAACGCGCAAGAUACGGGACUGCGAGUUAGUGGUGGCGGGAUCCGCGGCUGCGGCGGUGCCCUCGACAACCUCGCCAUCUGUCCGCCGGCGCACGCCUACCCAUCUCCUCCGUGAGCACCACAUGCAUCGGCUCCUCGCACGCCACCACCCACGGCUCGCCGUGGCCGUUGUACAUCACGAAGACGUCCUGGCAGCCGCUGCCCUUGUCCCUUCCUCCGCGCGCGACCGGAGAGGACGGCGUCGACGCCGUCCACACCUCGAGCUCCUGCUGCUCCCUCUUCUUCUCCGCCUCACGGGAGGUGGCCGUGGCCUCCAGAUCUGGAGAUAGAAGAAGGGGCCGUGGUCGCCUGCAUCAGAUGGGAUCGACUUGGAGUACUAGUCCACUUGGUGUGGCUGGCAGCGGAGAUGUUUGCCAGGGAUGCGGCGGACGCGGGGACGCCAAUAGCCGACGCAACAACGCCGGAGGCCAGCCAUGGACGCGAAGAUGCCGGCGGCUGAGACGGAUAUGCCGGAGACGCCGGAUGCGGACACGGUGAUGCCGGAGAGGCCGGCCACCAGCAGCGGACGCGAAGAUGCCGGAGCAGGCAGAGGACGCGGAGACACCGGCUUCCUGCUGCUCCCCCUCCUCUGCCGCCGCAGGUCGAUUCCCGCUGCCACCGGUCCAAUCCGUUUGUCCUGGAGGAAGGGGAUACAGGCGAACGUUGCAUGUGUGGGUGUGCUGCUGCCGGGGCUAGUUUCGUCCAAAAGAGCCCAAAGUAGCUAACGCGCACUACAUUUCGGAAUAAUGCCAAAAAAUCUAUGCGCAUUACAUAGAGGAAUGGAGGGAGUAAGAGGGAGUAGGUUCUUGGGAUUUUAUUUUUCUAAUCUGUACUCUGCUAGGGUUUAUAACUCGGAAGAAAAAAAAACUUCGAACCACUGCUCUGGCCGCCGGCUGCGCUCACCGUUCGCCCUCCCACUUUCCCUACCUCCCUCAAAUCCCGUCCGGCGCCGCAGCAGAGUAGUGGAGGCGGCCAGCGAGCAAGGGGCCGAGAGAGAAAAAAAAGAGAGAGAAAUCCAUCUUCCUCUGGCUUCCUCCUGACUCCCCACCGGCCAACCCCCACCCGCCCGGCCGCCGCACCAUCCCAUCUCCUCCCCGCCGGUCUCCAAACCAAACCCCAGGCCCAACCACCUGCUCGGACGGCAGCGCCGCCUCGCCGACGCGUCAAUCGGGGGUCCUCGGACGCCAGCGCCGCUGAGCCACCGCGCUCGGGACGCUCCUCCUCCCGUUCUCCCUCGCGGGCCUGGCCGGCUCCCUCGGCCGCGCCUCCUGCCUCCUCACCAACCACGGCGCCGGCUCCUUUGUCUGGGUACCGGGAGUAUCGCCUCGGGGAGUAUUCCACCUAGCUGCACCGCCGGGUCAAGAACUCAGACAACUGGGCCAAGAGGGAGUCGCUGCAGCAGUUCGUCACCAACAAUCUCUUCUUGAUUCAGGUCAAUUUCUUCUCCUAUUCUUAGUUCUUACAUUUUAAUCUUUGCAACACAUCUAGUCAACGGCGGAGCCAGGAAAUACACACAAGGGGGGCUGAAUAUUGACCACAACUCCAAAAUUUAAUAAGGUGUACGGAAUUUGUAAGAAUAUAUGGAAAUUGAUACUGAGAUAGCAAAAUAUGUACUAUAUAACCAACCAACUGUUCAUAACAUACUAUCUCUACGCAUCGAGAGCUUGGAAAUAAAAUGCACAAUUAGAUGAUGAUGAACUAACAGUUAUCACUCGAACUCCACACGGCGAGUCAUUGUAUUGAAUUCAUCAAUAAGUGCAUCAGUUGAGAAUCCUACUGCAAUCUCUUUCUCGUUGUAGAUCAACAAGCAAUCUCUUAGAAACAUGUCUUCCAUUUUAUAUCGGAGUCUUGUUUUAACAAGUUUCAUUGCCAAAAAUGCACAUUCUUGCAGUUGAGACAGGUAAAGUGAGAACAAGUUGAAUUAACCUGCAAAUAAAAUCAAUUAAUACUCCUCCGUCCGGAAAUACUUGUCGGAGAAAUGGAUGUAUCUAGACAUAUGUUAGUUCUAGAUACAUCCAUUUUUAACGAUUUUUUCGACAAGUAAUUCUGGACGGAGGGAGUACUUGAUGUAACAGUCAAAGCAAAUAAUACAAGAGCAGAAAUAUUGUAUGACCUGCCAAUCAAAUAAUAAUCCACUGAUUUUCCUGUUUUUGCAAGUUGUUGAUAAAGAUCUCCUACGCUUGACAGAUUCUGAAACCUUGGAUUUGUAGGUACAUCAAGCUCAUAAUGUUGUAGCUGACAUCUCAAAUUGUUUCUUUUUUGUUCUGAAAAUUCAGCAGGGUAGUAUUUUGAAGCGAGAGGACAUACAUCGUCAAUGUUUAAUGAACUAAAUGAGUCCUUGGGAUUCAAAGAAUUGCAAAGGAUGAGAAUCUCGUUGCUUGUUUGCUGAACCUGCAGUUUAGUUCAUGUAGUUGUUGGUCAACUGCAACUGUAAAAAUAUAAUACCGAUAGUGAUGCUCGGCUGUACUCUGAUCAUCUACACGAGACCAUAAGAAAUCAACAUAGUUGUCAGUCAUAUUUGGAGCAGUAAUUCCAUGUUUCUGGGAAAACAAAUUCACAUCACUAAUCAACUUAGCCCACUCAUCUCUUAGCUGCUGUACCAACUUCUUUGUAGUGGAAACAUCAUCCAUGGCAUUCAAAAUAUCUUGGGAUUUCUGCUGUAGUUUCUUGCAUAACAUAUCUGUUAUUCCCAUCAACUCUUUCAUGACAUGCAGAAUAAAUACGAAGUCGAAUGACAUCAUCAACCUAACAGCACCAGCAGCCUUAGCUCGUGCAGAAGUCUACCAGGUGUCAACUAUUCUCGGAUUUACACCCACCCACCCACCCACCCCAAAGUUCGGUGGUGAUGAAUUGACCCGUCUCUGCUCAGUUCAGAGACAGAUCUGGUUGUUGGAGAUUCAAAACAUGUUUCCCCACAUAAGACAUGUGCUUGGUACUUCGUAUGAUGCUAAUAAGGCUUGGGUUUGCACCAGAUGCAUGCAGCCAAAUUGGCCAACCAAGCACAAGCUUUUCAUGCUUCCGAAACAGGCAUGUAAUUGUGGAAGAAAGUUCACCGGAGACUACAGAAUUUCCUUUGAUGAUAUAUUAGUGAAUGAACAUCGUCUGCUGGGAAAAUUUCAUAAACAAGGCAAAAGCACGUUUUGUGUGGCUUUUGCAUGUGUUCAUGCGCUUCAGUUCAUGUUGCGUUGGGAAGCUUUGCUGAUGAAGAGAGAUCCUGAUUUGGUUGGUAAAUUGAGUCCCCUGAAACUGAUUGGCUUGUUCAGGACGAAGUUCCCUGGGUAUGAACAGGGUGACCCCAUGCAAAAAGUCCGUUACAAUCGGUUCGUACACAUUGCACUGAUAUUGAUGGAAAUUGGCCUGGCAGGUUCUAAGGUGGAUGAUCUCACUGUAAUUCCACGCAAUGAUUAUCAAAGAAUUUCUACUGCCAUAGCUGAUGGGCAUGCAUUAGUGGCUACUUUCUUUGGUGGAAAAAAAUUAGCUCGUCUGAAAUAUGGGCAGAUCUAUAGGUCAUAUGAUCCAUUAGGUUAUGAUGGUAGAAGGAAAAAGAUAAUUGGACAUGCGGUCUUCCUUAUUGGUGCAGCACGAGAAAAUAAGGAGGAGUAUUACGAUUUUGUCAAUUCUUAUUGUAAUUUCUGUGUGCGCCGCAACUCCCAAGGAGCACUCAUCAAAUCUGGCAUAGGGAGAUUACGCGCGUCAGACCUUAAAGAAAAUGUCAUUUGCCUUCACCGCGGUAGUUGUGGAGACGAUGAGUGGCGGUUGCAGCCCCAGAUCGGUACCAAUUUUGAAUUAAAUAAACACAACAAGCUUUUAAUGUCCACCUUGAAGCCUGAGCUUCCCAACCAACCUGAUAUCAUGGAAGAUAUGAUUAAGAACAUUCCAGUUAUGGUGUAUGAUGAAAAAAAAAUCGUCUUUGCAUGGGUACCCAGACAACAGACUCCAGAUGCCAAGUGCUCCGUUGGCCCAAGGGCUGAUUCUACUGUCCAGGGUGAUUGCCCACUGGAGGUUGUUGCUGGACAUGGUGACCAGCCCAUGAUUACUGUCAAGUACAAGGGUGAGGAGAAGCAGUUUGCAGCUGAAGAGAUUUCUUCUAUGAUCAUCAUCAAGAUGUUUGAGAUCGCUAAAGGUUUCACUGUUGUGAAGAAUGUCCUUGUUACUGUCCCUGCGUGCUUCAGUGAAUCACAGUGGCAGGCUACCGAGGAUGCUGGUGUGUUUGCUGGCAUCAGUGUCAUGCGUAUCAUCAAUGAGCAAACAGCUGCAGUUAUUGCUUAUGGUCUUCACAAGAAAGAUUCGUACGUGGACAAGAAGAAUGUUCUCAUCUUUGACCUUGGAGGUGGUAGCUCUGAUGUCUCCCUUCUCACCAUUGACGAUGGCAUCCUACAGUUUAAGGCCACAGCUCGUGACAAUAAGAUUGGUGGCAAGGACUUUGACAACAGGAUGGUCAACCACUUUGUUCAAGAGUUCAAGAGGGAGAACGAGAAGGACAUCAGUGGCAAUAUAAGAGCUCUUCGGAGGCUGAGGACAGCCUGUGAGAGGGCAAAGAGGACUCUCUCCUACACUGCCCAGACCACCAUUGAGAUCGACUCGCUGUUUGAGGGCAUUGACUUCUGCUCCACCAUCACCCGGACCGGGUUUGAGGAGAUGAACAUGGAUCUGUUCAGGAAGUGUAUGGAGCCUGUGGAGAAGUGUCUUCAGGAGGCAAAGAUGAACAAGGGCACCGUGCACCAUGUUGUCCUCGUUGGUGGUUCCACUAGGAUUCCCAGAGUGCAGCAGCUUCUGCAGGACUUCUUCAAUGGCAUGGAUAUCUGCAAGAGCAUCAACCCCGAUGAGGUUAUUGCCCACGGGGCAGCUGCCCAGGCUGCCAUCUGGAGCAGAGAGGGCAACGAGAAGGUUCAACUGCUAUUGGAUGUGACUCCUCAUUCUCUUGGUCCGGAUACAGCUGGAGUGGUGAUGAGAGUCUUGAAGGUGCCCGGUGAGGAGAAGGCCACCAUCACCAACGACAUGGAUGAGCUGAGCAAGGAAGAAGUAUGCAAGAUAGUCCAGGCCUCCAAGCUGUGGGCAGACAACAAGAAGAAGAUGCAAGGGGCCAUCGACGCUGGUAUCUAGUGGCUGGACACGAACCAGCUUGCUGAGGCGGGCGAGUUCAGGGAGAAGAUGGAGGCCCUGUGCGACCCCACCAUUGCCAAGAUGUACCAGGGCGCUGGCCCCAAGAUGCAGGACUAGGUUUGUUAUUUUGGCCUGGCAUAACACUUUUAACACUCCAGUCACCAGCCAAACAAGAAUUGCUUAGGCUCAGGCCAGGCAGUUGAUUUUGUCAGAAGACGCUCUAAGCUUCUAUUGAGUUUGUUGGCAUUUCUGCUGUGCGUUGUUAUAUUUUUUUACUUGAUGAUGUGUUGUUCU